AUGGUGCCUCCCCUACUCACGGCCACAGUCGAUACCGUUCAAGAUCGACACCUCACUCGUGAAGAGAUUGAUCGUCUCGAAGCGAACGGACUCGUUCAAUCCGCGAACCCAACCGACCACGGCGAUGUUGACGGAAAGAUCAAGGUCUCUGCAUUGGUGUUGGGUCCCCCCAGGCCAAGCUCAUCAGUCACGGAUCCUCAAGGCGACGAAAAUGGACCCAACUCCUAUUCGGAACCUACAACUACCGCGCAUCCAAAACCCUCGUCUAUAUUCACAUCCACUUCUAAUUCAGACUCCACCUUAAACUCAAACUCCAGUUCGGCAUGGACAUCCAACUCUGAUCUCUCUGUGCCGACCUCACAAUUGCAGUCAAGACCAUCCGCCACCGUACGGCCUCUGAACUUCAAACCGCAAGCGGAAUUGGCCGCGACAUUCUUCGAUCUGCCCACGAAUCCAUCUAGUGUUGCCGCGCUCGAAUUUCUCGGGUUUACUUCUUCUAUCGCCAGGGCCAUUUACGACGACUGGCUCGAACAGGACCAAGAUCAUGAGGAAUUGAUCGCCCACGUCUACAAAUACGUCGAAACCCGAAUCAGCGACCAUACCAAAUCCAUCGGUCGUCCCAUGGCUUCUCACGAUGUCCACCACGAUUCCCAGUCGAUGAAGGAGACCAUGCACCGAUUCGGGCUUGGGCAGGAGUUCCAGGAUGCCCUGACUGAUGAACGGUUUGCCGAUAUUUUCUGGACCGAGUCUUUGCAUGCCUGGGUCAAGGAUACUCUGUGGGCCCGGUAUGCAAGUUUAGUCAGGUUGUUGGGGCGGGUUAAAAGGUGUGCGGGUGAGAGCUCACGCCGAAGGAGAGACAACUUGAGCACGGAGACGACGGACGGUGACGGUGACGCUUCUGGUAGUCGUGAUGCUGCUGCUGCUACACAUAUGACGCUGGAAGAGUAUGGUUUGCCGUCGAAUUAUGUUUGUAUUCUCCAAAAGGAACAGAAUUGCAAUAGCGAUAGCAAUGAUAACGAUAACGGCAGCCCCAACAAUGGGAACAAUAAUAGUACCCGCAACGGAAACGGCAACCGUGCGAAGGAGUCUAUACCACUACCGCCCGUGUUGCCAGACCAUAUCGUCCUAUACAAAGGCAAAGCAGCACCCCCUAAGCCAUUCAUACGCGACUUGGACGGAUCGAUUGACAUGGCUGUCCUUGCGUCGUCUCCAGGAGGCGAUUUCAACCAUAAUGCCCAAGCCCACUACUGGACGCCAGACAGGGAAGUGGCCGAGAAAUACCGUGGCUGGGCGGCACGGAGGUGUCCGUACGGAGAGACAUGGGUGAUACGGAUACAGAUUUCCAAGAAGUUCAUUGAGACCUUGAACGUGGAGGAGCUGUGGUUGUCGGAUUAUGAAGAUGAAGAUGGCGACGGAAAUGCAACUGCAAAUGGACAGAAGGUUUCGGGUUCUGCUUGGAAAGAAUAUGUCUGGCAUUGCAAGAACCAAAUCACUCCGCCGGAGGAGAAGUUCGGCUGGCUUUGGAAGCAGAAGAGUCGUGAAGAAGAGAAACAUGCUACUACUACCACUGCGCAGGAUUCAGACAGGAAAGGGAAAGGAGAUGCGGCUGGUGAUGGCGAGAGCAAUGGCAAUGAUAACGACAACAGCAACAGCAACAGCCAGGAAGCCGUCGUCGACGUCAUCAAAGGACACAUGUGUACUGGCGUGGCGGUGGCCAAACCAGUGUCUGUAAUCAGGAAGGAAGAAGUCCAUACGGAAAUCACAGAGGACUUUGCACUGCGUGUUACAGACGGUGCUGGAGGCGAUGAAGAGACGGCAACGGCAACGACUGUGACGUCGACUACAACUUCGGGGCCAAAUUCAGAAUCAGGGUCUGGCCCGACUUCGAGUUCCGAAACGACCACUACCACGACGGACACCACGACCACGUCAGAUUCCAAGUUAACAAGGACGACAACGAGGACCAAGACAUCCACAACCACAACAACAUCGACAGAUGACGAUGAGACUUACCAUGAUGAACCAAACGGAACCAAGAAUCAAAACGGAAAAGUUAAGGCGAAGAGCAAGACUAGAAAAGCCGUCCAAUGGGUCUUUAUGCGCGACGAGACCAUUCGUCGACUGGCCGAAGAAAUUCGCGGAAAAGUUCAUAUUGACAUAUAUGGUCCAACGGCAAUGGGAGAGCAAUGA